AUGAGCACCAAAGGCCGUACUGGCCCUCGCCCAUUUGCGGACGCAUGGAAGCAUGAAAAGAAGCUGCCACUUGUGCACAGGGUUUUUAUUAUGCUGAAUAUUCUUCCUCCAAGUUCGGAAGAGGUGCACAAGCCAGAGCCCAACGAGAAAGUGCUUGUCUACCGUGAACUGAAUCAGUUGAUUUUCCCCUUUCCGCUCGCGCUUUUGCCGUUUAUUUUGCGGUAUUUCUACUAUCACUAUGUUUCUCAUGAAAUGCCGGGCGCAUUUGUAACGUGGUUUUUCCUUUUCCUUCACACCUUAACGGUCGGCAUGUUGUCGGUCCGUCACUUUAACUUGCAUCUGCGCAUACACGGAUACUUGGAUUCCGAAGCUGGUCGCGACACUGUUCCUUUUGAACUUAUGCCUAAGGUUGCCUUUGAAGUGAUUGGCGCUGUGAUGCUGCGCCCUGCCCUUAUUGUAUUGGCAACGUACGACCCCAAGGAGGAGCCUCGCCUUACUUGGUGGCUCCCUGUUCAGAUGUUCUUGCUAACAUUGACGGAGGACUUUACAUACUACUGGCUUCAUCGCCUUUGCCACGAAGCGGAUAGCUGCUGGCAUUUCCACCGUUUGCACCAUACUACGAAACACCCCACUACGAUGCUCCUUGGAUACGCGGACGACUUCCAAGAAUUUAUCGACUUUAUUGGAUCACCCAUGAUUAGCUGGCUCAUGUGUCCGUUUGGAUUCGAUGUAACUGUCACUUGGAUGAUUAUGUUGAACUAUGUUCAGCUGGCCGGCCACACUGGUCUGCGCCUGCAUGCUGGUCCGUUUGGCUUGGAUCUUGUGGUGGAAGACCACGAUCUUCACCACCGUCACGGCUGGAAGGAUUCGUACAACUACGGCAAACAGACACGGUUCUGGGACUCGUUGUAUGGUACUACUGGCGACCGUAUUGAAGGAAGACCUGACAACCUUGAUUGGAGUAAAUUUAUUAAAUUGGACUACAAGUAA